AAGUGAUGGACUAAGUUGAAACUUUCCUUAAGAAAACCUGCUGCAUAUUUUAGAGAUGUUUGGUGUUUAUUUUUAGCCAGUAGUUUUCUAUUAGGAAAAAAAAAAUUCUGUUUUAAAUGAAGUCUUUUUGUUUUGAAUUAAUUGUAUAUUUUCAGCAGUAAAAAUAGUAGAAGUGAUGCUACAGUAGAAUAAAGUUGGGAAAGAAUGGAGAAAUGGAUUAAAAAUAGCAAGUUUAAGAAUCGUUUUCAAACCCAGUGUUUUUGAAACUAAGGUCCUUAGACUUCCUAGAAAUUGGUGGACGAAUCCCAGAGUCACACAGAUCUACAUGAGAAUUCAAUCCUCUGUUUUCAUUUUCAGUGCUAGCUUUUUAAAAAAUCAUUAGGUAAGAACCUUUUUUAAAAUAAAAACAAUCAUAAAUGAAAGAUAUUUUCUUACUGAAUAAGAUUUUAGUUUCUCAAGUCAGUAUUUCUCAAAGUGGGGUCUUAUUUUACCUUUUAAAAGGGAACUACGUUGCGUUUAAGUUUGAGAAAGUUUUUUUCGGAAUGUGUUGAUUCCUUCUAUUCUCCUCAUAUUCUUUUUACUCUAAACAAUUCAUUAGACUCCCUCUCUCCUGCCAGCUCUCUAUCCCACCAAAAACAAAAACCACAUCCAUUGCUGUUGAGUUCAUUCCGACUCAUAGUGACCCUAUAGGACGGAAUAGAACUGUCCCAUAGAGUUUUCAAGGAGCGCGUGGUAGAUUUGAACUGCUGACGUUUUGGUUAGCAGCCAUAGCACUUAACCACGGCACCACCAGGGUUUCCCCUCUAUCCCACAGAAAGUGUAAAUGAAUUUUCUAAGUAGAAUUUGGAAUUGUUUUUCUUACUGAGCUAUAGUUUUCAGGGAAUGUAACUUCCCUGAAGGUGUUUGCAAGUAGGCAGUGUGGGUGUUCACCUGCAGGGAGCGGAUGCGUCCUUUUGGUGAAGGAAGGCAGUCAGUGAGUCUCAUCUGGACGUCAGAGCUAGAGGAGUUAGAUGUGUUAGUUACUGGUCUUCAGGAGGGUUCUGCCUUUUUUAUCAGAGAGUAGCCCAUGUGUAUAGGCUUCCGCCUGGUUCCAGUCUCACUGGCUUAACUGCUGUUCACAUAAACGUAUAAUUUAUUGCUACAGGGUUAGAAAAGCACCUACUUAGAAAAAACAAACACAUUUAAGUAGAAAUUCUAAGCACCCAAAAGUGAAAAUCUAUUUGUGUGGUACUACUUAAUCCCAUCACGUAAUUGCACCACCCAGGGACUUUAAGUAGAUAAACAAGAAAUAUUUGUUUGAAUGAAUGUAAGGUAUAUUUAGAGUCAUUAACACUAGGUUUCUGAGAGUAAUCCAUAGUCUAAACCUGAGGCCGUAUGACGACAUCGCUGCUCUUCAUUUGUGUGUUUGCUGUUCAUCAGGUCAGCACACUCCUUAGCCUUUUGUAAACCUGGUGUGUGCUCACGUGGAGCUUUGCAUGAGCAUGGGCUCAGGACUGCUCUCACCUCAGCACCACCAUAAUUGUUUGAACUUAGGUGACUUAACCUCUUGCUCCAUGGUUUCCUAAUGUAAAUACCUAGGUGAAAGCCUGUUGAGGGCGAAAUGAGAUCUGCUUGACACCCUGUGGGCUUCACAGUAGGUACUCAGAAAGUUGUUUUCCCUUUAGUGGAUGGGGAGUUAAGUUUACAUACUGAUAAGCCUUGACUGCAAUCUGACUCUUUAUAUGUCCAUUCUUCCUAGGUGAUGUGAAUAAGGAAAGUGCUCUCCGUUAACCAUAGUUGUGACUUCCGAUAUUUCACUAAUACUUUUCAAUCAAGAGAACAGCAUUGCUAACUUGCCUAUCACUUUCAAGUGGUAUUUGAAGGAUUUAUGUGACACAAUUAUGACUUUUUAAUUAGGCACCCUAGAAACCCAAUCAGGCCUAUGCUCACUUUCUUUGAUUCAUCUGUCUUCUCUGCUGUGAUCACCUUGUGCCUCUUGACAUGGAAGGCACAAUAGAACGGCACUGGGAAUAUCUAUCUAACCAUAAUAAAGAAAACACGAAGAUCCUAGGAGAGAAAAAUGUCGACCCCAAAUGUGAAGACAGUGAGAACAACUUUGACUUCUCAGUAGUAUCCUAUAAUAUACUUUCACAAGAUUUAUUGGAAGACAAUUCGCACCUCUACAGACACUGCCGGCGGCCACUAUUACACUGGAGCUUCAGAUUUCCCAAUAUCCUGAGAGAAAUUAAACACUUCGACGCAGAUGUACUCUGUUUGCAAGAAGUUCAAGAAGAUCAUUAUGGAACAGAGAUCAGGCCAAGUUUGGAAUCACUGGGUUAUCACUGUGAAUACAAGAUGCGGACAGGAAGGAAGCCUGAUGGCUGUGCCGUUUGCUUUAAACAUUCCAAAUUUUCGCUCUUGUCGGUGAACCCAGUGGAGUUCUACCGCCCUGAUAUUCCUCUGUUGGACAGAGACAACGUUGGAUUAGUGUUGCUCUUGCAGCCCAAAGUUCCAUGUGCUGCCUCUCCCGCAAUCUGUGUAGCUAACACACAUCUGCUGUAUAAUCCUCGGCGGGGGGACAUUAAGCUGACUCAGCUGGCGAUGCUGCUGGCAGAGAUCUCCAGUGUUGCCCAUCAGAAGGAUGGUAGCUUCUGCCCUAUUGUCAUGUGUGGUGAUUUUAAUUCCGUUCCUGGUUCUCCACUCUAUAGUUUUAUAAAAGAAGGAAAAUUGAAUUAUGAAGGACUUGCCAUAGGAAAGGUAUCUGGCCAGGAACAGUCUUCACGGGGACAAAGAAUUUUAUCUAUUCCAAUUUGGCCCCCAAACCUAGGUAUCUCACAGAACUGUGUGUAUGAGGUACAGCAGGUACCAAAAGUAGAAAAGACAGAUGACAGCCUGACACAGACACAGCUUGAGAAAACAGACGUCAUGGUGACACCUGAAAAAUUAUCUUCAAAUUUACAGCACCAUUUCAGCUUGUCAUCUGUUUAUUCACAUUACUUUCCUGACACUGGGAUUCCAGAAGUGACCACUUGUCAUUCCCGAAGUGCCAUAACUGUGGAUUAUAUUUUCUACUCUGCAGACAAGGAGGGCGUUGCUGAGGAGCCAGGAGCUGCAGUAGCUUUGGUUGGUGGCUUGAAGCUUCUAGCUCGACUGUCACUUCUUACGGAACAAGACCUAUGGACUGUAAACGGACUUCCCAAUGAAAAUAGCUCCUCAGAUCAUCUGCCUUUGUUGGCGAAGUUCAGACUUGAGCUCUGACUCUUCCUUCAUCACCUACAUGGUUUUCUUCCCAUCUCAUAAUCUUUUUCAAACAAUGUACAGUUUGCAUGUUAUUUCUGCGACGUGGAGUUUCCGAAGAGAUUAUGUUCAGUGAAGCAGACAGUAGAAGAAACAAGUUUACAACAGUUUUCUUUUUUUAAGAAUGAAAGAUAUUUUCCUGAAAAGUGAGAUCUAAAUGCUCUUUAUUGUAAAAGAGAUGUAAAUUUUUUUUAUUGUAAAUCUUAGUAAAAUUGAUGGUGAUUUUUAAAUAUAGUGCAUCUUCUUUAGUCCUCUUAGUAAAGAAUUUCGUGUUUUUGACAAGCUUUCCAGUGGAUCCAGAGUACCUGAGUUCUUGCAAAGCACAGCUAGUUUCCACACAUGCGUCAGAAGUGCGUGAAGCCUGCGAAACUCUGCUAGUCAGAUACCCACUUGGAGAGGUAUUGCUCCUAUGUAGUAAUUUUAGUUCCUGGCUUUAAUGACCUUGUUUCUAAAAUGUGGUCUUUUGUUUCCUUUUACAAUGAUUCACCAGCCUGAGAAGAUGGUGCUGACAUUUUUUAUGGAGUGACUAAGAGCAGGUCUAAUAAAUCCUGCAGUUGACUAUAUAAGUGUUUGAAUCAAAAAUUUUAAAAUAAAAAAGUGAAAAAUUCCUGUUUUAGACAUUGGGAUCAAACAAGUACAUUUUUACUAAGUAAUUUUACACUGAGUUAUAAAAGUUUUUACAGUGAAUUUUCUUAAGAGAAUGUUUCAUCUUAAAUAGCAAAAAAGCCAGUAGUUAGUUCAUAGUCUUGGGUUUGAGAGGUUUUUAUACCAAAGCACAGUUAUUUUUUAAAAAUCAGAUGAAAACUUCAGAGAGGGCAUGUGGGUUAUAAGGAUUUGCCUAGUAAAAAUUAUAAUAAGUGAGUACUUUUAAAUUUUUCUCCUCUUUUUUUUUUUCAGUUUUUAUUAUAGUAUUAACUAUAGUUCUAGGUUUUUUCCACAUUUUCUAGUAAUAGUUGGCAGAAUAUUAAGGUAUGUCCUAAUUAGCAGAUAGAAUCAUCAUGAAGUUAUAAUAAUAGGUAGUAUAAUUACCCUUUUUAGUGUUGGGAAGAGAAAAAUGGAAAUUGAUUAAUCAUUGCUUUGUGUUUUGUGCAUUCAUUAACAAUUAACUUCAUACAGAUCAUUGUUAACAAACUAAGCCCCCUGAAAACGUGUGUGAAAAUUUAACUGUUUACAUCCUGGUUCAGACCGUGUGAUUGUAGGCCUUUUUUUGCGUGCUUCACUUUGGUAGAGUUAAUUCACAAACUUGCUUUCUACUUUAGCUUAUACAAUGAAGUAAUAUUUUGUGCACUGGAGUCCAAAGGCUCAAUGUAACAUUCUCACACAUUUUUAAAGCUUCACUAGAAGUAUUUAUCCAUCUGUCUUUACUUUUUUCUGUCAGAAGAGUUGGUAACUCUGCUGAAGCUUUGUAUAUACCCUCCAAGAGCAAUAAAAUCUAGUUCAUUGCUAAAACCAAAUCUCCAUGCUGUCUCUAAAAAAAAAAAAACAAGCCCAUUGCCGUCGA